AUGACAGACAAUCCAGUCACUUUUCAACAAGUGGUAUGUUCAACUACAUGUGAUGGGAACACACCUCGACCACAAGAUUCUGACCAGUUCAGUGGCAACACAUCGAGAGGUCCUAUCACUCAGUAUGCGGAAUCAAUAUUACAAGACAUGUUAACAAACAUAGUCAAGCAACAAACUCUAACCACCAUAGCCAAUCACAUAAGUAUCGAAAGAGAAACGGCAGGCAAUCAUGAUGAGAAUUUCCCCCAUAUUACAAAUUUACAAGUUGGACUGACUUUGGAUAUAUUUGGACAAGAUAAGAAUAAAUUAAAAGUCGCCGAAACUUCACGAUAUUUCCCCUGUGAAAAUUGUGGAAGAAAGAUCGCUGGUGGAAGAUUUGCAUCCCAUGUUAACAAAUGUUUGGAAAGAAGGAGGAAGUAG